AUGGACAGCAAGAUCGUCACUCAGGGCAUGAAGCAGCUCCGGCAGCACAAGAAGACCAAUUACCAUACUAAUGGUGAGGGUAAGCUGGGGGUCUGGAUGAAGCAGAGACUUUGUCACCAGUGGGCGCCGAGCCAGGGCGGUUACGUCGAGUGCCGCGGCUGCAACAAGGUCGCUGUUGAUCAUUGCGAGAAGCAAGCUGAUGAUCAGGUCACUCAUCAGGCGUGCGUCGAAUGCCUCGUUGCCAUCUGCCGUGACUGUGUGGUUGCCGGUCACAUGGAUCUCAUUCCCGAUCAUCCGCAGAAGACUGUUGAUGAGCUUGAGUGGAAGCGCCAUUCUGUCAUUGUUGCUAACGACCCCAACCAUGUCCCCACGAAGACCAACAUCAUCGCGUCCAGCACUGGCUUGGAUGCCCAGGGCACCACCGUGGUGGCCACUCCCGUCCGGCAGAGGCCCGCUAGUCUCGCUGGCUCCUCGUCGGCCGUCAACAACACGCGUGGCUCUACAACCUCUUCAUCCCAUAAAGUCAAGGGAAAGGCUACACCGGCCCUUACUGGUUCCUCUGGCGGUCCCAAGAAAAUUCAGGUAACGCCUCCGCUUCACCAUACCCGCUCACCCAUUCACUUGUGGCCUGAGACUGAUUAUUCACCUACUUUCCUUUUUCGUACUAUACAGACCACUCCCACGAGCAACAAAUUUUCUGCGCCUACACUGUCAACUCCAACCAAGAAAUCCAAGAGACCUUCUAAGAAGGUUAUCGUCAUCUCCGAGAGCGGUUCAGAUCCUGACUACGAGAUGGAUCCCUCCAGCACCGGCUCCUCGGACAAGGAGUACGUCCUGCGCGCUGAUCUCAGCUGCAAGCCCUCUGCCAACUCUCUCUCCCCCGAGAAAGACGACGGCGAGACGGCUGAACCCAUCGGAACUCCCAUCAAAAAUACCCCCAUCACCUCCGUUGGUCUCGCCAAAUCUCGUCCCGUCCGCACUGCCGCUAUUCAGACGUACGAGAAAAUGCGCCUGGCCAACUCCAAGAAGCAGCGCGACGCUGAAGAGCUCGGCGACAUCUUUGAUGAGGCUCAAAACACCAAGCCUGGCCUGAAGAUGGCUGGUUUCGUCCAGAACGCUCCCAUCACUCCCGACGUUUCUUCCGUCACUCGCGACGCCAAGAACUUUGGCUUCGUUCAGAAGGGUGCCGUUUACGGCGGCAACGCCUAUCUGCACGGUCCUGAGUAUGCUCAGCAGGUCGUUGGCUAUGAUGCCAUGAGCCUGCCCGAACUUCACCCUGGUGCCGGAUCCAAGGGCCAGUGGAAGGCCACCGAGUCUCUCGCCGCCGCAGGCCCGGCUGAUGAUAAGAAGCGAGCCGUUGCCGUCCCAGUCGAGGAGGCUCCCGCCGCCAAACGUCAGAACACUUCGACGCAGUCGUUCAUCCCGGCGAGCAAGGCCGAGCUUGCUGCUGCCUCCACCAACGCGAUCAAGGAGGCCGAGGCUUCGAUCCGCAGCGCAUCUCAUCAGAUCACUCCGGCCGAGCGCGACGCCAACCGCGUCUUUGUGACGGCCGAUCUCGAGGGUCUCGCUGCCGCCAUCGAGAACAAGGUCCGUUUGCGUCUGUCGCUGACUGGCCCUUGCACGGUGCAGGAUAUAGAGAUCGAGCUCCGUAACGCCAUCCACGGAGCUUGGGUCAGCAACAUGGCCCUUACCCGUAUCAAGCGCACUGACGGCGACGUUGCCGCCAUGCAGCUUUUUCGUGGCUACGCCAACCUCGUCAUGAUGAGGCUGAAGAUCAAAGGCACCGGCCUCCUCAAGAACUGGAUCGAUGCCACCGAGAAGGAUAUGCAAGACAAAGCCACAUACGUCCCCGAUGAGCUGCGAAUUGAGACCAUCAAGCCAGUCUCCCAGCAGGGUCUCAAGUAUAAGAUCGGAGAGACGGACGUCCAAAUGGCAAACAUCUUGGUCGACAUGAAGAAUUCCACUCGCUAA